AUGGCUGAAGGCAAAAACCAAGAUAUUGGUGUUACACAUGCUGAGUUCAGAUUACCAUCUGAAUCAGUGAAGAAUCUCACAACACUAGUCCAGCAGCUGCUUCCAAAAUCCAUGGGAGAAAAUGGAGGGGGCCGAUCGAAUGUGGAUUAUCGGCUUACCCCUGAAGUUUUAAGACAGUUGGGUAAUGAACCUGUGCCUGGUUUCCAGAAUAUGGUGGCUUCUACUUCUAUUGAUUUUAGCAACAAUACCAGCAUUUCAGUAAAUGGAGGGAGACCGGUAAAAUCUACACUUGAUUCUUGGCUACGCAAGGAUGUACCAACUGAUGCGAUGUCCGGAGAUCGGUGCUACAUACCCUUGCUGAGGGCUGAAGAUAACUCUACAGCACCAGUGAUUGGCACCCCUUGGUCUCCAGAUCCUUGUGAUACUACAUCUUUCGCAACUAGUCACAGGCACAUUGUCAGUCCAAAAGAUCCAGUUUUAGCAGUGAGGGCAUUUGCUGGUCCUAUGAGCCCAUCAAAGGCUGAGGAAUUUCGACGUAUUUGGAAGACCCCACCUCGUGAAAAAGCCUGUUUUUUUCUUCACGUCAAGAAGUCUGACCCAGACCGUGGCAUUGAAAGAGUUGGAAGGGAGUUGGCUCAUGGUCUUGGCUAUCCGUGGAAUGAGUAUUGGGAAUUUCUUCACUGCUUUACAGAUUUAGCUUCCUUUGAAGGCCUGCAAAAACUGGAAGAUUACUUGAAUAAGAAAGAAACUCAGAAACGGUUAUUAGUGGAAGCAGGGGAAAAUGAAGCUUGUAACCGGUUUAAAACUCCGUCUCCUGCAGGCAGAUCCAAGGCAUGUUGCAAUUCAGUCUCAAUGGGAGCAUUUCUUGAAGAACAUGAUGACUUGAGCUUAGAAGAAGUAAAAAAUCGCCAAAAUGCUGAAUGUAAAAUUAGUCACCGAAAAGCUCAGUUGGAGAGUCUGACUGAUACUAUAGAAGAUUCUGAUUGUCCUGAUCUUUCUAGAAACCCAAAUGUGGACAUCAUUGAGACUGGUGAUGGUGCCGAUCUGGACUAUCAGAAAGGAAGGUCUCCUCAUGUGAAUGGCUUCUGUUCCCCUGAAAAUAAAAAAAACUUUGAGAGACGAAAGUCAGCUGACAAAAAUGAGUGCAUCUUGUCUCCUGUUUCCAACUUGAUGAUAGAAUUUGAGAAGCUAAGUGUAGAGAGACAAGAAGGCAUAGAACCAGCCUCAGACAGUAGACAGUUGCUUGGAACCAGAAUGGAUAGUAAGGAUCCAGAAAGUAAAAGAGAUAUGUGUGCAGGACUAAGCCAUUUGAGGAUUUCAGUGGACCAUAAUUCUGAGUCUGUUGCAGAGUGCAGCAGGUUAAGUGGUAUAACAGACUUGGAACAUUUGGGCAAAUCCAGUAACAUGGCAGUAAGGACAGAUAGUUUGAUGCUGUCUGGGAUGGAAUGGGCUAGUCUGACCAGCCCAGAGUUAGCUUCAGAGACUGUCACAUUCAGUUCAUCUAAAGCCAAACAGGAGCAGCUUUCCAAAACUCUGCCUCUGAAUGAAUCUGCUUUGCGGAUGUUAUUUAUUGGGGAUGAGCCUUCUAAAGUGGACAUUGAUGUUUUAGCAGCACUGGGCAACAUAGAAAUUAGCCCACAGAACUACCCCAGUAUCCAUCGAUGGAAAUCGUCUGUUCUUUCUUUUCCCUCUAGCGUAAGACAAAGUUGGCAGAGCCCAGCCGUAUGGAAAGGACAGCAUAAAUCACAGUCACUUACCAUGGACUCUUCAAACUUACUGUCUGCAGCAGGAAGCAACAGCCCAGGAAAUUGUGCAGCUUAUCCUUUCUACUCAGAGUUUGGGAGUCCAGGAAGAUACAGCCCUGCUUAUGCCAGCCAUAUACAGUUGUUAAAACGCCGCCAUUUUACAGAACCCUCCGCUGUUUAGUUGUGCAGUGUUAUUGCCAUUUAUAGACAUCACUGACAGCCUUUUAAUCAAAACAGUUGUGCUAGAUGUGCAACUUCAUAAGCAGAACAGAUCUUCCAGACUACUGUACAUCCUAACUUCUGUUAAAAAAAAAAAAAAAAAAAAAGCAUCUUUUUCAUAUCCAUGGUAGAGAUGGUAAUGGAAGUUGAUAAGUUGCUAAAUGAUGUGUCAACAUUUCAUCCACUUAAAAUGGUUUCAAGAAUUCCUUUAGGAAAAAGAAAUGCUGUUUUGUUACUUUUGUUUUCUGGUCUUUCUACAGACAUGUUGACAGCUCCAGUUUCUGCAUAAUUAAAAUGACAUAAUUAAAAAUAAGCCCCCAUUAUGCAUUUGCACACACACAAUCCUGGUACUCUGGACCAUCAGCAGCUGUUGAGCAUAUAUUGAUUCAUUUAGUUGAAACGUGUUGUACUGAUGGUUUUGUGAUUUGAGGACUGUUGUGUUUAUUUCGUUGUCACCAGUAAAAUUUUCAUUUACUGGCAUGGCAAGCGUUUGCUGUGCAAAUGCCACAAACAUUUAUCUUGAAAAGCUGUGUGAACCUGGUCUGUAAGCUUUAAAACAAAAUGUUUGUGGCAUUUAGAAUACUUUUAACUGCAGCAGUCCCUAAAUUGCUAUAUCAGUGAACUUUUGGAGUAUUUGACAUGCAAAACCUCAACAAAGUCUUUAGCUCAGAAUGGUGCUGAAAGGAAAUUUUUUUUGUAAUCUGGACAUUGUGACCUUGAGGUUUGUUCUGCUUGUGUCUUUGUAUGCAUGUGUACAUACAUGUUGGUUGGGAGGGAUGAUAUUGUGAGAUCCUUGGGGGGCAUUUGCCAUUUUGUGCUGUAUACAAGAAGUUGGGGCAUAUUUAUUGCACUGUUACAAUUUAAUGUGUCAUUGACUUGCUUGUGGACCACUAUGUGGGCAUGAGUUUUCGUACAUUAUUUUAAAAAUUAUUUUAGAUGGAGUGGCUGAAUUUUUAUAAAACUGUCAUGUCUGAAGUAUUGACUGCAUUUAUUAGAGUAUUACUAUGGCCAGACUUUUCGGUAUGACAAAAAUCAUUAAGAAACUGCUGUAACAGUCCUCAACUAAUGGGGCCCAAUUGUAUAGAAAACCUUCAGGUUUUGACAUUUUUACACAACAUUAUAUGUUUUCCAAUGGAUCUAGCUUGCACAUAAUCUAAAAAAAAAAUCCAGUUUUCUUUAGUAACUUAUGCCACUUUAGAUCAUUUUGGUGAUUUUCAUAAAUACUUAACGUUUUAAAAAAUAUUGAGAGCAUUUACUUGCUUUCAUCAGUUUUAGUGCCUUUAACGACCCAUACACAUUGUGUUGGUAAAUUUAGAAUGUGUAAGUUAUUCUGGUUAUUUCCAUUUGAUUUACUGAUGGUCAUGUUUCAUCUUCUAAUGCAGUCCCUUGUAUUUGACAGGUUACACAGAUGAGGUGUUGUGCAACUCCGUAAGUUAUGGAGCAGUGCUGCAGUCAUGUGACACAAAUCUGUGUGACCUACAUUUAGUAGGUAAUGUAGUUUCUGCUGAAAGAGGCAUGUUGUGAAAGUGAUUCAUUUGCAUUUCUUCAGUAGGUAAAUGUAGGUUAGUGCCCAUACUGGAAAGUAACACCAGUUACCACCAAAUCCUGAGGGAAUUCCAGUGGAGAAUGAAAGUAGACACUUGGAAUUGGUGGACCAACAUGGAGGUGUUACUGGUUUCCUUUCCUUUUAUCCUUUAUGCUGUUAAUGGACUGCCAUGUUGGUACCUGAUAAAGCAGUAGGGCUACUUCAACAGGUGACUGUAAUCCACUGUUUCCAUUGAGUAACCUCACGUGCUUACAUCUGACAGAAAUUAGUAUUUUACCCAGCUGCAGAUGAGAUAUUGAGACAUAGUAACACUAUGUUAACACUAGGGAAUGGUUCAUGUCCAAGACAUAACUGGGAUGUUAUGUCUUGGUGAGUGGGGGUGUAAAGGUUUUAGCUGGGUUAAAGAAACCAAUUUGGAUUAGAAAAGUCUUUUUAAAACAUAAAUGUUUAGUUAAGAAAAUGAAGCUAUAUAUAUAUAUUCAUUUACUUGCUGUUGCUCAUGUUAGGUCUGUUGCUUUUCACAUUCACUGUGGAGUGAGGGAUGGCAUAUUGAUUCUUUAGUAUGUUCUUUUAGAGUCCUGUAGUAAUAAUCCAUCCCUUAAAAUGCAUGUCUGCUUGCACUCUCUCACACCAGCUUUUCCCAUGUCAUUGUAGACUUGAAAUAAAUGUUACUGCACAGUAUUCACCACUUGUGUCAUUGGCACAAAUGGCAAAUGCCUCUAGCUUCUUUUGAUGACAAAUGCCACUAGCUUCCUUUAUGUCUGACUUUGUAAUGUGUGUUGUAAAAGUAAAGCAGAUGUGUCUGGCUGGGGAGUACAGUAACUCGCUCUAGUCAAAGCUCACUGAAUAGAGGUGCACCCUGCAUUUGUCAGGUACCAUUCUGAGUCAUCAUCCAGAAAUUCCAUUUACAAGGAGAACUCCAUUGGUGUUGCCCUAAAUGUUGCACUGUGGUACAGAUACAAAACUAAAUGUUAUUUUUACAUUAACUGUGCAGUUGAGUAGGUGACAUUAGAAUAAUGGAAACUGUCAUGCCAUCAUACAAGUCUGCCUGCCUUCCUGUCUGGUCUUUUCAUCUCAUCCGUAACUGUAUUUUAGUUCUGCAACCAACACCUGUUGAUUCUGCAGUGCAAGAAUAACCUCACUGUGGAUUUGGCUGCCACUGAGAACAAACCCUUUCUCGUUCUGAAGUAUAGAUAUGAAAAAUGGGAGGAAGGUUUUCCAUGUUCGCAAACAUUCUCUUCAGCUUCUAGUUGCUUAUUUAUUUAUAAAUUUUUUUUAACAUUUCAUUUUAUUAGGAUGGAUUUCACUGUUUAUUUCAUUGCUUUUCCAGAUUUCUGUGAUGUAGCCCUUUGCAUUUUUGUGUCUUCUUGGGCCAAAGGAGUUAAAAUGAAUGCCUUGAUUGUAUUAAGCUGCACUACCAUCUAAAAAGGUUUCCACUGUAGGCAUUGGUAAGUGUAUGUGGCAGUGUUUUUUUUGCAGAUAAGUCCACUUUUAGAUAGAUACUUUUGUGUACUUUUGUUAAGACAUGCGUCUGGAGCAUU